CCGAAGAGCCCCGCGGACAAGGGGGUCUCGUGGCCCUUCCGCGACCUCUACGAUGAGUUCAGCCCCUUUGACGAGUCGGAUUUCUACCCCACGACCUCCUUCUACACCGACGGCGACGAGGAAGAGGAGCCGGAGGAGGAAGAGGAAGAGGAGGAGGAGGAGGAAGAGGAGGAGGAAGGCGGGCCGGCCGGCCUGGCGGAGGAGAAGAAGAAGGAUCCCCGGGCCCCCACACCUCCGCCGCCCCCGCCCCAUCAAAUCCACCGGGUGGAGCCCACUGCCCGCCGCUUCCUCCUGCCCCCGCUGCAGACUUUCGUCGUCUCGGGGGGCCUCGGGCGGGCCACGCGCGGGCCGGCCUCGGCGGACCCCCCGGUGCCGGAGAACGGCACGGAGUGCCGCCACGGCUACGCCCGUCACAACAACAGCUGCAAGUCGGUCUGCGACACCUUCCCGAGUUACUGCCACAACGGGGGGCAGUGUUACCUGGUGGAGAACCUGGGCGCCUUCUGCAGGUGA